AUGAAGACCAUGAGAAACCACAGUGCUAUUUCGGAGUUCAUCCUCCUUGGGCUGUCUGCCGAUUCCCAGAUCCAAGCUCCACUUUUUGUGUUGUUCCUGGUAAUUUACCUCUUGACCAUGAUAGGGAACAUGAUGCUGUUGGUGGUGAUUAAGGCUGAUUCUCACCUCCACACACCCAUGUACUUUUUCUUGGGACAGCUGUCCUUCCUGGACCUCUGCCACUCCUCUGUCACGGUGCCCAAGCUGCUAGAGAAUCUACUCUCGGAGAAGAAGACCAUCUCAGUAGAGGGCUGCCUGGCUCAGGUCUUCUUUGUGUUUGCCACUGGGGGCACUGAGUCCUGCCUAUUGGCUGUGAUGGCCUAUGACCGUUACAUUGCCAUCAGCUCCCCUCUGCUCUAUGGACAAAGAAUGAGCACACAGCUCUGUGUGGGGCUAGUGUGGGGCUCGUGGGGCUUGGCUUUUCUGGAUGCUUUUAUAAAUAUCCUUGUAGCUCUUAAUUUAGACUUCUGUGAAGGUCAAAAUAUUCACCACUUCAGCUGUGAGCUGCCUUCCCUCUAUCCUUUGUCUUGCUCGGAUGUAUCUGCCAGUUUUACUGCCCUGCUCUGCUCCAGCCUUGUGCAUUUCUUUGGCAAUUUCCUUCUGAUCUUUUUCUCCUAUGUCCGCAUUAUCUCGACCAUCCUGAGCAUCAGUUCCACCACAGGUAGAAACAAGGCCUUCUCCACUUGCUCCUCCCAUCUCACUGCAGUCAUCUUCUUUUAUGGCUCAGGGUUGCUCCGUUAUCUCAUGCCAAAUGCAGGAUCCACUCAAGAGUUAAUCUUCUCCUUGCAGUACAGUGUGAUCACGCCCAUGCUCAACCCCCUCAUCUACAGUCUGAAGAACAAGGAGGUGAAGGCAGCCAUGAGAAGGAUAUUGAAAAAAAUUUUCUAA